AUACAUAUACAUACACAGAGCGCUCUCUCUCUCUCUAUAUAUAAAAAUUCCUUUUCACAGAAAAGAGCUUCUGUAGUACGUUUCAGCAAGAAAUGCAGUAUAUCUUCGGUUCAGUCUCUGUUGUUAGGUUAUUUUCUAGUUAUAUGUUUUUCUCGAGAAAAUGAAAUAUUUUCCGGGAAAAUGUUUUCCGUCGAGACAACGUUCGGAUUUGUUGGGUCGUGCAUUGUUAUGAACAGUUCGUGCAAUAAACUCUGUUUAUACGACAACAAAUGGUGUAAAAUUUGUUAGUGAUUCACCGAUUGUGGAAAAAAAAGUGUUUAUUUUUGUGGAUUUUUGGAUAAUAUUAUAAGGAAUGGAGACUACAUGUGGAACAACUUUGCAAUUUUCAUUGCCGCGGACUGGUUUGGAGAAGAUUGAGGGAAAAUUCAAUGGUUUUCUGAGGUUUUCUCGGAGAGGUAGGAAAGAUUGGGGGCUUAAAGUGAUCAAUUUGAGUGAGUUUCAGUGGAGAAGUGAGUUGACUCAACACGGCCGGGUUUCGUUGACGGUUUCACAAGCUUGUAAGGAUUCUCGUGCUCCUGCAUUGGAAUCCGGAAAUUUCCAUGCCUCUUUCGAUGGAAAUUGGUUGUUAAAGAAUAAGGCACAGGAGGUCAGCUCAUGCUUAAAUGGACGCUGUAUAUUCCUUGUUGGAAUGAUGGGCUCUGGAAAAACAACAGUGGGGAAGAUUUUGGCCGAAGUAUUAGGUUAUUCUUUUGUUGACAGUGACAGAUAUGUGGAGCAGGCUCUGGGUGAAAGUUCUGUGGCUCACAUCUUUAAGCAGUGUGGCGAGAGUAUCUUCAGAGAAUAUGAGACCGAAGCAUUGCGGAAGUUGUCUUUAGUGCCUCGGCAAGUUGUUGCCACUGGUGGUGGUGCGGUGGUUAGCCCUGUGAACUGGAAAUAUAUGAAGCAAGGAGUCACUGUUUAUUUAGAUGUUCCUUUGGAUGCUUUGGCAAGGAGAAUCGCUGCCGUUGGCACUGAUUCCCGCCCGCUCUUGCAAUUUGAAUCAGGCGAUCCUUACACAAAGGCUUUCAUGGGUUUAUUUACUCUUUCGAAAAGGAGGGGAGAGGCAUAUGCCAAUGCGGAUGCCACGGUUUCUGUUCAACGUAUUGCAUGCAAGCUAGGUCUUGAAGAUUUAUCUGAUAUCACUCCAACUGCUAUAGCAGUAGAGGUACUCGUACAAAUAGAAAACUUACUGCGAGGCAACAAUGGCAUGUCUAUCCAAAUGUUUUCUUAACUAUCCGUAUUUCUUGUCUCUGCUUAAUCUUUUCCGGUAGCAAAAGCAUCAUUCUCAGCUCCAAAGAACUGAAAAUCGGUGGUUGGUUGAUUACAUGUACAGAUGAAAUGGAAGUUCUUCAGUCUCAUCCAUAUUUACUUUCUUUGUUGAGUGUAUACGCUUAGAUGGCUAGUCAUCUUGAUUUAGCUGAAAAUUGUUUUCUUAGGUGUUUACUUUAUGUAAACUAAAGAGAACAAAUUAGGUUUUAUGUUAUCUUUUCAUAUACAAGCAAGAGACUUGGUAUU